CUUACUGUCCACAACUACAACUACUUCGGGACUUUUUUUUUGCGUGAUUUAAAGCACCAAUUCGACAUCAAACAUGGACGUGACGUGUGUGCUGUAUUUAGUGCUGAGCUUUGCCGCCUGCGUUGUCUCCGCGGAGAGACACAGCGUCUUUUGGAACAGCUCCAAUCCAAACUUCCUGUGGGACAAGUACGCGGUGGAUGUCAGUAUCAACGACUACCUGGACAUCAUCUGCCCCCACUACGCCCUCGGCGAGGUGACGCCGCACAGCGCCGAGCGCUACGUGCUGUACAUGGUGGACAAGGAGGACUACGAGGUGUGCAAGCCGCACUCCUUCGACCAGCUGCGGUGGGAGUGCUCGCGGCCCUUCGCCCCGCACGCCCCCGAAAAGUUCUCCGAGAAGUUCCAGCGCUUCACCCCCUUCACCCUGGGCAAGGAGUUCAGGCAGGGAGAGAGCUACUAUUACAUCUCCAAGCCAAUGCACCACCACGGCCAGGACUGCCUGCGUCUCAGGGUGGACGUGGCCGCCCAGAAAGGCUUGGGAAAACCUCGUCUGGACAAAGCCAAGAAAGUCCCGGAGGAAAGUCUGGAGGCGUCGAAAGCCAAGUUUGUGUCUGAGGGAGGAGUGCACAACCCCUCCAAUCGCCUCCCAGCAGACGACCCCACCGCCAUGGAGCCCAACGUUCUGAGGAGCGUAGGAAGCAGCGGAACGCGGACUAUCUCCUCGUCGCUGUUGCUCAUCACGCUCCUUGCGCUUUCUCUAGCGCUGAUGCUUCACUGAAAAGGAAAGAAAAAAAACAUUGCAAAAAAACACACCAGUGCUGGUCACUGGUGUCACGGACAAGACAGAGUUUUUAUACAAAGACGUGUGUGCGUGUGUGUGUGAGUGUUGUUGUGGUGUGAGUGUUGGGGUGUAGAGCGCUCCAAAGAAGAGGACCUCAAGUUGUUGGUUUUUUUAUACCUGAUAAUAACAAUGAAGCACCAUUUUGUUCUCAUACCACUCACCUGGUACAAUUCCUUUGUCUCAUUGUGUUCCUCUAUGUGUAGAGGGAGAAUGAGUCGUGUUGAUCGGAGAAAUAGUCACAUAGUGGCGUUUGUUAUGGAGGAUUUUUUUUAUCAUGUUAUUGUGUAUGUAGCACUCAACUUCACACUGGUCCCCAUGACAGCUAUCAUGUUCUUAUUCGGGUACAUAUUGCAGACACUCACUCAAACUACAGCAUUUUGACCCUUUUAAAAGUGCUUUAAUUGUGCAUGUAUUUAUUGACGUUUUAAAAUUAUUAUGACCGUCAUUAACCCCGAAAGUUAUCACACUCUGUUGUUUAUUUAGAUCACGGGUGGGGGAAACCUUCUUCCUGUCCGGAAAAAACCAAGGCAACAAAUUCUACUGCAGUAUUCACCUGGAUAUAAGACGACCCCGCAUUUUUUUUCAAACCAAUUUUUUUCCAAGUUAGUGAAAUAUGAAGAACAAAAUCUUUAGACCCCGAAUACACGACAACUGACUCUACAGAAUCUUUUAUUUAUAUAUUUAUUUUAAAACAAGCAUUUUUUUCAUUGUUUUUCAUCAGUGAAAAACAGCACCAAGAAAAAUCUCCAGAACCAAAAUAUAAGAAACCCCCUUUUUUUAAGCACGGUUUUUGGAAAGACAACUUAAAAAAAAUCAUAUUUUCAAUAUCAGUAAAAUAACAGUAGAAUUCUCCAGAUCCCGAAUAUAAGAAUACAAUCCAUCCAUCCAUCCAUUUUCUAUCGCUUGUCCCUCUCGGGGUUAAGACGAUAAAUGUUUUUGGAAAAUAUUUUUGGUCAUGUUUUCAAUAUCAUUGAACAAAACUCUGGACCCACAACGAAUAUAAGAUCAGAAGUAUUUUUCAAGAACUGUUUUUGAAAAAAAUAAAGAAACGAUAACAUCUCUAGACCUCAAUAAUUAGACAAUGCAUAUUUUUUUCAAACUGUUUUUGGAAAUGACGAAAAAUAUAUUAACCGUGUGUUUAUCAGUGAAACAACAACAAACAAAGGUUUACAAUAUCCUCUUUUUCAAAAACAGUUUUUUUGAAACAAUUUUUUUUAUCAUGUUUUCAAUAUUAUUGAAUAAAAGGAACAACAAAAUCUUUAGACGGCGACAAACAAAAGAUAACUAGUCUUUUUAAGACCUGUUUUUAACAUCAGGGAAUACAGCACCGACAAAAAUCUUUAGAUCCAAAAUAUAAGACAACUACUUUUUUUAGGCACCGUUUUUGUAAAGAAAAAACAUUUUUUUAAAUCAUAUUUCUAUAUCAGUGAAAUUACAUACAUCUCCAGAUUCAGAAUAUAAGACAACCCUCUUUUUCAAUAAUAGUUUUGGAAAAUAUUUUUUAUCAUGUUUUCAAUAUCCAUCCAUCCAUUUUCUACCCCUUAACCCUUAUUGAAAAAUCAAUCUAAAACCUGGACGAAUGUAAGAUAACCAUUCUUUUUUAAGACCUGUUUUCGGGGGGGAAAAAAAGAGAAAUAUGUUAACCGUGUUUUUUUAUAUUAGUGAAAUAACAACAAAUAUCUCCAGAUUUCAAAUAUCAGACGACGCCUCAGUUUUGGAAAAUGUUUUUUUAUAAUUUGUUAAACAUCAUUGAACAAAACCACAACAAAAUGUUUAGACAAAUAGAAGAUAACUAGUCAUUUUCAAGACCUUGUUUUUGGAAAAGACAAAAAACUCUGAAAAAAGCAACAACAAAUUGUUUAAACAGAUACAAGAUAACUCAUGUUUUCAAUAAAAUACUUUUUUUUUUUUAACUAUGUUUUUAAUAUCAGUGAAAUAACAAAUUAUCUCGACCCCAAAUAUAAGACCGCCCCUCUUUUUCAAAACCUGAUUUUGGAAAAGACAAUGAUAUUAAUUGUGAUUUUUUUUUUUUUAUAUCGGUGAAAAAAAGACGAAUAGUCCUUCUGAGGUGAAAAUCUACUGUAUGUCUUAUAUUCAGGUCAGUAUGGUCAUAUACAUAUAUAUAUAUAUAUAUAUAUAUAUAUAUAUAUAUAUAUAUAUAUAUAUACAGUGCUCAAUACCGUAGAGCGUAAUAUAUGUUAGGUCAGGAAAAAUCCCCUGAAGAGCAGGGAAACCUGCGAAACAGGCUUGUAGGGAUGAAAUAGGCUCAGUGUUUUUUUCCUGACCUAAUAUAUAUAUAUAUAUUAAUAUAAUAUAAUGUGAGCAUUCAGAAAAGUUUUUUUUAAUUCGGCCCGGUUGAAGUACUCCCGCGUGCCAUACAGGGCCCACAUGCUGCAGAUUGCCCACCCACCCCUGAUUAGUUUCAUUCUGGUGUCCAGUCUUUGGGACUGUCCUGGUACACAUUUACUGAAAACUCACCUAACCGAAGCGACUGAAAUACACACUGGCCACUUUGUUUUCCGUUAUUUGUGUUUUUUUUCUACUUGUUUUAUAUGUACAUAGGUAAAUAUAUGAAAACAAAUUGUUUUAAGAUGUGAAAAAAUGUUGUGGAAUAAAACAAAGGUGUUGUAAUAUA